AUGGUGGCACGGAACGAAUGGGAGCGCCUCUACCGCGGACUGCGCGAAGCCGUGACGGAGCACCUUACGAACAAGGUACGCGCCCUUGUGUUGGCUACAGUAGACGAAAGCUUCUUGCAGACGUUGAAUCAUGCCUGGGAAGACCACCAGAAGAGCAUGAUGAUGAUCAGCGACAUCGUUGCGCGCUACGCCGACGUGCGGGACCGCCUCCGCGAAGCCAUGCUCGGCUUGGUGAAGACGGAACGCGAAGGCGAAUCGGUCGACAGGGCUUCGUUGAAGAAGGCGUGCGAAAUGCUCAUAGUGUUGGGACUCGACUCGAGGUCUGUCUACGAGGAAGACUUCGAGGUGCCUUUCCUCGCCGAGUCGGCCCAAUUCUACGCCUUCCUGGGACAACAAUACAUCAAAACUAAGGACGCUUUUGAGUACAUUGCCCUAUUUGAACAACACAUCAACGAAGAGUCCGAGCGGUCGAAGCAGUGCCUGGAUGAUUCCACCGUGGUUCCAGUCGUGCAGGUGGUACAGAAGGAGCUCAUCGGAAAACACAUGAACACAAUUGUAGACAUGGAGGACUCGGGCGUCCAGCAUAUUCUCAACAGCAGUAUGACUGAGGACCUGACUCGUCUAUUUCGGUUCUUCAAGUGCGUGCAAGGCGGCGUCAAAACCUUGCUCGACUGUGUCAGCAAGCACCUGCGAAAUCUAGGAAGAUCUAUCGUGAAUGAGCACGGGGACUCGGUUAGUCUCAUACCGGAAAUGAUGGACCUGAGAGACCGUUUCGACUACUUUAUCCAGCACUCCUUCGACGAUGAUGAAGACGUCAAGAAGGCAAUCGCUACCGACCUUCAGCACCUACUUGGUUUGACAAAGAAAUCACCCGAGCACCUGGCUUCGUUUGUAGACGACAUGAUGCGAAAAGGAAUUAGGCACAUGCCAAAGCAGGAAAUAAACCAGAUCCUAGACAAAGUUAUGGCGAUAUUUCGGCCCCUGUCGGUGUUGCUUGUGUCGUGCAUUUGA